GUAACAUAUAUAGUGUUGUGUCAAUUUAAGGAACGAAACAACAUGGCGUAUCAAGAUCAGAGAAACGUGUUGGUAUUACCACUUGUUGGAGAGGCAGCAGAGAUCAGUCAUUGGAAGACUGUGAGGCAGAACACAAUUGAUUUGGCUCAAGCAUAUUUACAACGUUUAAAUCGUCUCCAUAAAUCUCUUGAGUUACCGGACAUUGAAGCAAUGAGAAGAUCCUGCCACUAUUCCUGCGUUAAAACUGCUUCACAUUCUUCAUAUUGCCCGUCGCGACAGAUUCAUCACACAACAACUCCGCGGUGUGGUUGGCUGAAUCUGAGGGAUUGUGGGAAUCUAGAACGUUACCAUAACAACCGUGAAGCUCACUUGCUCAAUUUGAAAAGGAUUCGUGAAUUCCAAAAAUACCCAAUAAGGCCACAAUUAACUCCUUUACACGGUGUUCGAAUUACGACAGAACCCGUUAACGGCAAAUCAGAGUUUCCAUUAAAGCAAGAAGACAAAAAUCGUGACAACAACCAUUUCCACACUAAAGAUACAUCGUGUUCAUUGAAGAAUAGUCGUGUCAAACAGUUUUCCGACAAAAAAAUUCCUCAACCUGUACUUUAUCAUGUACAUUGGAUGCGCGGCCAUAACAUAGCUACAGCAUUGCCAAAGUACACAGCGACAUUUAGAAACUGUUCAAGAAGCGGGAAACCAAUCGUGAAGAAUAUUAUUGCGCAGAAUGCGAAACUAAGAUCUUCUUUAUUUCGACGCAUAAAUGAAAACGAGCAUCAUUUGUCUCCACUCUACUACUCUUACAACCGUUUGACUUUUACUGAUGCAGUCACAUAACGCCCAUAAAGGUAGCAACAAUGAGCCUAUUAUCGAUCAACACGCUGCAAUGCAAGUAAACACAACUGUUAGUCAGUAGGUGAACUAACUAUAUUUGAAAUGAGAAAGUUGACACAUGUUAUGUGUUUGCGUACCAACUUAGGACACACCUGUUUUUGUCAUCCAACCAAAUUACGUGGUAAGGCUCUCUAUAUAUAUACUCGGCACCCACGUUUGUUUUUACUACAGGAGAGGGGUAUCCCACGUUGAUAAGUUGUAUAUUUUGGAGAGUGAGACGGGAAACCUUUAGCAUGUAAUAUCAAAAUAUCUAGAUAAUGUUUUAAACAAUUAACGAUGGGCUAUGAUCGUAAGUUUACGGUUUUAUAAUUCUUUGAAUGAUUCUUUAUUAGUACCAAAUGAGAACGAGAAAAUAGAAUGAAGAUAUGUCCCACCUUCCCCCACCCUACCACAUUUUUUCUAUAGGUUUUACGUCCUAAAAGUAGACAGCUAAAAUGAAACUAUCACUUGGAUUCAUAGUAAUGCUUUUGCUCAACAUGGGAUUUUCAACUCCAAGCAACUACGGAGUGAUUUUCGGCUUGGACGACGGGGAGCUUUGCGUCGAAGGCGAUCAAUGUUCCUCUUACUGUUGCAUGGAUUUUAAUGGUUUUAACAGAUGUGCCCCAUUGAGCAUAGAGGGAGCAGUUUGUGAGAACGAUGGUCUUUGGGACGUGUACGAUCACUGUCCGUGUGAAAGUGGGUUAAGUUGCGUAAACUCCGGCUCCACAAAGAUCUGCUCUGAUCCAAAUGAUUCCUAACGAAAACAUCAGAUUGCUAAAUAAAUAUCAUGAAUAGUAAAAAGCAAA